CGACUGAAAGUGAGGACCAGACCGUCACCAAUAUGUCCACUAAUGUCCACGAUUAAUUAAUUGUUUUGAGCUUGUGUUAGUAUUAAUUAGUGCGUUAAUACAGAAUUUUAAUUCAAGAACAAACAGUUCAUUUACAUAAACCGGAAGUGAGGUGCGGAAAAGAGCAAUAGUUAUUUAGUGGUAGAGAGAAGCUAUAAAAAAGGGAAACCAAGAAGAAUGGUGCUGCUCGACAAUGACGCUUUUUUGACUGAAUUGACUCGUCUCUUUCAAAAGUCCAAGACUAAGGGGUCUGGUACGGUCAAUAUCACAAUGAAAAGAUAUGACGGAACAACUGGACCAACUCCUAAACCGGAAGGAACCCCAGUUCCUAAAAAAAUUGCCAAAUUAAAAGCAGCAGCCAUGAAGAAAAACAGACCUGAUGCCCCUGCCGGAUGUCUUGUCCGUGCCUGUCUGCACAAUAAAAAGAUUUCGACAGUGGUGGUAGCAGAUAAUGUGCCCAAAUUUCAGUUGACCUAUUGUGCUGUCCUCCGUGGGAGCAUGGAUUCACUGAAAAGAGUGAAAAAGUCCAAGAACAAAGCCAAAGCGUCGUCGUCAUGAUAUUUCUGCACUUUCACCAUUCCUCGUUCUUAUUAUUAAUUAGCUUAUAAUUAGGUAUACUUUAACUACUAUUAUGAAAGAAAUCAUAUUACACAACAACCUUUACAUUUUAUAUCGAGUACGUGCGUGUUUGUUGCUAAUUAAAAGUUUAAUGAUCCAGAA